GUCGGUCGGGCUACGGCGGCGCCGGGAGCGGGAAGAGCCCGCCGCGCAGCUGGAGCUCUGCCGCCGCGGCGCGCGCGGCCGCGGCGCCCUCGGCGUGGUGCGGCACGUACCACUGGGCUCGCCCGGGGGGCCCGUGCUGCACGUGCUCGCCGCCUCGGUGGUGGCGGGCGUCGGCGUGGGCAGCUCGCUGGCGCUGGCCCCGAGGGAACCAACAGAUCACGGCGGGAGGCUUUUG